AUGAGCCAAUUUCAGGUGCCUCUGGCCGUUCAGCCAGACCUGCCUAGCCUUUAUGACUUCCCGCAGGGCCAGGUGAUGGUAGGGGGCUUCCAGGGCCCAGGCCUCCCAGUGGCUGCAAGUGACUCCCAACUCCGAGGAGGAGGAGGAGGAGGGGGUGGAGAUGGGCGAAAGAAGAGGAAAAGGUGCGGGACUUGUGAGCCCUGCCGAAGGCUAGAAAAUUGCGGGGCUUGCACCAGCUGUACCAACCGCCGCACACAUCAGAUCUGUAAGCUGCGCAAGUGUGAGGUGCUCAAGAAGAAAGUGGGACUUCUCCAAGAGGUGGAAAUAAAGGCUGGUGAAGGAGCCGGGCCGUGGGGACAAGGGGCUGCCGCUGUCAAGACAGGUUCAGAGCUCAGCCCGGUUGAUGGACCUGUUCCAGGUCAGAUGGACUCAGGGCCAGUGUUCCAUGGGGACUCACUGCAACUAAGCGCCUCCGGGGCGCCAGUCAAUGGUGCUAGAGAACCCACUGGACCCAGCCUUCUGGGGGCUGGGGGUCCUUGGCGAGUAGACCAGAAGUCCAGCUGGGACGGUGCCCCAGGCCCAGCUCACUCUGCUCGCCUGGAAGAUGCCCAUGAUCUGGUGGCCUUUUCGGCCGUGGCUGAAGCUGUGUCUUCUUAUGGAGCCCUUAGCACCCGGCUCUAUGAAACCUUCAACCGUGAGAUGAGUCGUGAGGCUGGGAACAACGGCAGGGGACCCCGGCCAGGGCCUGAGGGCUGCUCUGCAGGCAGCGAAGACCUUGACACAUUGCAGACAGCCCUGGCCCUGGCGCGACAUGGCAUGAAACCUCCCAACUGCAACUGCGAUGGCCCGGAGUGCCCUGACUACCUCGAGUGGCUGGAGGGGAAGAUCAAGUCCGUGGUGGUGGAGGGAAGGCAUGAGCGACCCAGGCUCCCAGUGCCACUCCCUCCUUCCGAGGCUGGCCUCCCGACACCCAGUCCCGAAGUCCCCCAGGUCCCUCCCCCAGAGGGCCUGCCCCUGUCCCAGAGUGCCCUGAGUAUCGCCAAGGAAAAGAACAUCAGUCUUCAGACCGCCAUCGCCAUUGAGGCCCUCACCCAGCUCUCCUCUGCCCUCCCUCAGCCUUCUCACUCCACCUCCCAGGCCUCGUGCCCUCUUCCCGAGUCCCUAUCCCCUCCGGCUGCCUCUUUUAGAACAUCCCAGUCCUACCUCCGGGCUCCCUCCUGGCCAGUGGUCCCUCCCGAAGAGCAUCCAUCCUUUGCUCCCGAGAGCCCUGCUUUCCCGCCAGCAACUCCUCGAACAGAGUUUCCUGAGACCUGGGGUACUGACACCCCAUCAGCAGCUCCCCGGGGCUCCUGGCCUAUGCCCCGGCCAAGCCCUGACCCCAUGGCUGAGCUGGAGCAGCUGUUGGGCAGUGCCAAUGAUUAUAUCCAGUCAGUAUUCAAACGGCCUGAGGCCCUGCCCUCAAAGCCCAAGGUCAAGGUUGAGGCUCCCUCUUCCUCCCCUGCCCCCCCACCCUCCCCUGUCCUGCAGAGGGAGGCUCCCACACCCACCCCCGAGCCUAGCACCCACCAGAAGGCGCAGACCGCACUGCAGCAGCACCUGCACCAUAAGCGCAGCCUCUUCCUGGAGCAGGCCCACGAUGCCUCCUUCCCACCGCCCUCAGAGCCCCCAGCAUCUGCAGCCGGUUGGUGGGCACCACCCAGCUCCCCUGCCCCGAGGCCUCCAGAUAGACCACCCAAGGAGAAGAAGAAGAAGCCCUUGGUGCCGGCUGGAGGCCCCGUGGGCACUGAGAAAGCCACACUGGGGCUCAAGCCUAGUGUCCGGAAGCCCAUUCAGAUCAAGAAGUCUCGGAGUCGGGAGACACAGCCCCUCUUUCUGCCCAUGCGGCAGAUCGUCCUGGAGGGGUUGAGGCCCCCCAUCUCUGAUGAAGCACAGGCACCUCUAGCUGCCUCCCUCCCUGCCCCACAGGGCUCUUCUGUGCCCCUGCCCCCAGAACCUUCUCUUGCGCUAUUUGCACCUAGUCCCUCUGGGGACAGCCUGCUGCCCCCUACUCAGGAAAUGAGGUCCCCCAGCCCCAUGGUCGCCCUGCCACAGGGUGCUGCCGACCCUCUCCCCCCUGCCGACGACAAGCUGGAGGAGCUCAUCCGGCAGUUUGAGGCUGAAUUUGGGGAUAGCUUUGGGCUUCCUGGCCCCCCGUCUGUGCCCAUUCAGGACCCCGAGAGCCAGCCAACAUGUCUCCCACCCCCCGAGAGCCCGUUCACUACCCGAUCCCCCAAGCAAAUCAAGAUCGAGUCUUCAGGGGCCGUGACUGUGCUCUCCACUACUUGCUUCCAUUCCGAGGAGGGGGGCCAGGAGGCCACCCCCACCAAGGCUGAGAACCCACUCACACCCACACUCAGUGGCUUCUUGGAGUCGCCACUGAAGUACCUGGACACACCCACCAAGAGUCUGUUGGACACACCCGCCAAGAGGGCACAGGCCGAAUUCCCUACCUGUGACUGCGUUGAACAAAUAGUGGAAAAAGAUGAAGGUCCAUAUUAUACCCACCUGGGAUCUGGCCCCACAGUAGCCUCCAUCCGGGAACUCAUGGAAGAGCGGUAUGGAGAGAAGGGGAAAGCCAUCCGGAUCGAGAAGGUCAUCUACACGGGGAAGGAAGGGAAGAGCUCACGGGGUUGCCCCAUUGCAAAGUGGGUGAUUCGCAGGCACACGUUGGAGGAGAAGCUGCUCUGCCUGGUGCGGCACCGGGCAGGCCACCACUGCCAGAACGCUGUGAUCGUCAUUCUCAUCCUGGCCUGGGAGGGCAUCCCCCGAAGCCUGGGAGACACCCUCUACCAGGAGCUCACUGACACCCUCCGGAAGUAUGGAAACCCCACCAGCAGGAGAUGUGGCCUCAAUGAUGACCGGACCUGCGCUUGCCAAGGCAAAGACCCCAACACCUGUGGUGCCUCCUUCUCCUUUGGCUGUUCCUGGAGCAUGUACUUCAACGGCUGCAAAUAUGCACGAAGCAAGACCCCCCGCAAGUUCCGCCUCACGGGGGACAACCCCAAAGAGGAAGAAGUGCUCCGGAAGAGUUUCCAGGACCUGGCCACUGAAGUUGCUCCCCUCUACAAGCGACUGGCUCCCCAGGCCUACCAGAACCAGGUGACCAAUGAGGAAAUUGCCAUUGACUGCCGCUUGGGGCUGAAGGAAGGGAGGCCCUUCUCGGGGGUCACGGCCUGCAUGGAUUUCUGUGCCCACGCCCAUAAGGACCAGCAUAACCUCUACAACGGGUGUACAGUGGUCUGCACCCUGACCAAGGAAGACAAUCGCUGUGUGGGCACAAUCCCCGAGGACGAGCAGCUGCAUGUGCUCCCCCUGUACAAGAUGGCCAGCACCGACGAGUUCGGCAGUGAGGAGAACCAGAAUGCCAAGGUGGGCAGCGGGGCCAUCCAGGUGCUCACAGCCUUCCCCCGGGAGGUGCGGCGCCUGCCGGAGCCAGCCAAGUCAUGCCGCCAGCGGCAGCUGGAAGCCAGAAAAGCAGCGGCCGAGAAGAAGAAGAUUCAGAAGGAGAAGCUGAGCACUCCCGAGAAGAUCAAGCAGGAGGCCCUGGAGCUGACCGGGAUCCCUGCUGACCCAGGCCUGGCCCUGAAGGGUGGAUUGUCACAGCAGAGCCUGAAGCCUGCCGUCAAGGUGGAGCCCCAGAACCACUUCAGCUCCUUCAAGUACAGCGGCAACGCAGUGGUGGAGAGCUACUCGGUGCUGGGCAGCUGCCGGCCCUCCGACCCCUACAGCAUGAACAGCGUGUACUCCUACCACUCCUACUAUGCACAGCCCGGCCUGCCCUCUGUCAAUGGCUUCCACUCCAAGUACGCGCUUCCAUCCUUUGGCUAUUAUGGCUUUCCCUCCAGCAACCCUGUCUUCUCUUCUCAGUUCCUGGGUCCCGGUGCUUGGGGCCACGGGGGCAGCAGUGGCAGUUUUGAGAAGAAGCCAGACCUCCAUGCUCUGCACAACAGCCUGAGCCCGGCCUACGGUGGUGCUGAGUUUGCCGAGCUGCCUGGCCAGGCUGUGCCCACAGACACCCACCACCCCACUUCUCGCCACCAGCAGCCUGCUUAUCCAGGCCCCAAGGAAUACCUGCUUCCCAAGGCCCCCCAGAUCCACCCAGCGUCCAGAGACCCCUCUCCCUUUGCACAGAGCUCCAACUGCUUCAACAGAUCUAUCAAGCAAGAGCCAGUAGACCCCGUGGUCCAGGCCGAACCCUUACCCAGAGACACUGCUAAGAUGGGCAAAACGCCUGCGCCUGGAGUGUCCCAGAAUGGGGGACCCAGUCACCUCUGGGGACAGUACUCAGGAGCACCAAGCAUGUCCCCAAAGAGGACUAACAGUGUGAGCAGCAGCUGGGGUGGUUUCCCUCCCGGGGAGAGCGCCACCCUCAUCCCCGAAAAGCUCGGUUCUUUCGGGUCCAGCUGCCUGACCCCCUCCCACUUCCCGGAUAGCCAGUGGGGGCUCUUCCCCGGAGAGGGGCAGCAGCCAGCCCCCCAGCCGGGUGGGCGGCUCCGAGGCAAGGCGUGGAGCCCUUGCAAGUUCGGCAAUGGCACCUCGGCCUUGGCGGGGCCCAGUCUGACGGCAGAGAAGCCAUGGGGGGUGGCCGCAGGGGAUUUCAACUCCGCCCUGAAAGGCGGUCCCGGGUUCCAAGACAAGUUGUGGAGCCCCCUGAAAGGCGAGGAGGGCAGGAUUCCAACGCCGGGGGCCAGCCAGCUGGACAAGGCCUGGCAGUCCUUCGGCAUGCCCCUGGGCUCGGGGGAGAAGCUCUUUGGGGCCCUGAAGUCGGAGGAGAAGCUGUGGGACCCCUUUAGCCUGGAGGAGGGGACGGCAGAGGAGGCCCCCGCCAAGGGGGUGGUGGUGAAGGAGGAGAAGGACGCGGGGACUGUCGCGGCUGCGGAGGAGGAGGAGGAGGAGCUGUGGUCCGACAGCGAACACAACUUCCUGGACGAGAACAUCGGCGGCGUGGCCGUGGCCCCGGCACACGGCUCCAUCCUCAUCGAGUGCGCCCGCCGCGAGCUGCACGCCACCACACCUCUCAAGAAGCCCAACCGCUGCCACCCCACCCGCAUCUCGCUGGUCUUCUACCAGCACAAGAACCUCAACCAGCCCAACCACGGGCUGGCGCUCUGGGAGGCCAAGAUGAAGCAGCUGGCGGAGCGGGCGCGGGCCCGGCAGGAGGAGGCCGCCCGUCUGGGCCUGGGGCAGCAAGAGGCCAAGCUCUACGGGAAGAAGCGCAAGUGGGGCGGUGCCGUGGUGCCCGAACCCCAGCAUCAGGAGAAGAAGGGGGCCGUGCCUACUCGGCAAGCGCUGGCCGUGCCCACGGACUCCGCGGUCACCGUGUCCUCCUACGCCUAUACGAAGGUCACCGGCCCCUACAGCCGCUGGAUCUAGGUGCCUGGGAGCCAGCGUACCUCAGCGUCGGGCCCGGCCCGAGCUGCUCUGUGGUGCUUUUGCCCUCACACCGGGGGGCGGGUUGGGGGUGCAGAAGUCUUUUCAUCUAUACAUACAUAUAUAGAUAUGCAUAUAUAUGUAUUUAUGGUCCAAACCUCAGAACUGACCCGCCCCCCCCCAACCCCUUCACUCCCCGUCUCCCCCCAGCACUUUGAAGAAGAAACUACGGCUGUCGGGUGAUUAUUUUUUUCUUCUCUCGUGAUCUGAAUAUUUAUAUCUCCACUUGGUUUCUUCCUCAUCCCACCUCCUCGUUCUGGGGAAGGGGCGGGGAGGAGGGAGGAUUUUAUUUUCUCUUGUUUUUAAAACUCUAUCCUUGUAUAUCACAAUAAUGGAAAGAAACUUUCACAAAGGAGUAGUUUUAAAUUCCAUUUAAAACAUGUAUUUAUUGGGUUUUUGUUU